GAUCGUCGUCUCAGCAAGGGCUCGCGGCUUAUAACAACAAUGCUGUACUAUGCGGUCUUGUCCCCAAUCCUACGAAGCUUGACCACCCACCAGUCUCAACCUUGUUCUCGCAACGACAUGAGAUGAUGAUGAUGAAGGCGUCGGCUUCGUUUCUUCCAAGCCUGCCUCCUCGCACCUACGGGGCUCCACCACCAUCCAUGUCUGCUGCUCGUUCAAAAACCUCGUCUGCUGCAAGAUCCAGCUCAAAGCCUUUGUCUGGAGGCCUCCUGGGGCAUCUUUCGUCUAAGAUGGACGAAGCAUCCAUGGCACUCAAGGACGUGCCGCAGAGAUUGCUGGAUGUGCUGGUUGACGCAACCUUCUAAAGAACAAUAGCAUCUCCACUUGUUUCUGAAUUCGGGGUGAGUUUGCAGAGCAAUUUCGCACCGGUCGACGAAAUCGGUGAAGCCAUAGAGAUACACCAGAUUGAAGGAGAGAUGCUAGAUAAUUUCCCCGAGGGGGUGUCCAUCAGAAUUGGUUCCAAUCCACUGUUUGGUGCCCAACAUUCGACGACCUCAAUCUUCGGACAAUCCAGGGAGAUAUGGGUUGAGGGUGAGGGCAUGCUCCAUGCCCUCUACUUCACCAAAACCACUAGUUCAGGCUCUUCUUGGUCACUCUCCUAUGCCAACCGCUAUGUGCAAUCUGAGACGUUCAAGCUGGAAAACGCCCGGCAGAAACCUUGCUUCCUCCCUGCCACUGAAGGCGACUCUGCAGCCAUUAUCGCCGCCUUCAUGCUCAACUAUCUGAGGUUUGGCAAGGCGAACAAGGACAUCAUCAACACCAAUGUGUUUGAGCAUGCCGGCAGGGUGUUCGCUGUCGCCGAGAACUCUCUAUCUCACGAGAUCUGCUUAGAUAGCCUCGACACUGGCGAUACCUGGGACAUUUGUGGGGAAUGGGAUCGGCCCGCUUUCACGCCACAUCCAAAGGUAGCUCCUGGAUCAGGGGAUCUUGUCAUCUAUGGAAUAAAUGCAAAGAAGCCAUUCCUAGUAAUUGGAGUUGUCUCAGCUGAUGGAACCAAACUAAAGCAUAGAGUUGAUCUCAAGCUGGACAGAUGUAUAUUUUGUCAUGAAAUAGGAGUCACUCCAAAGUACAAUGUAAUCAUGGAUGUACCACUUACUUUCGACAUCAAUAGACUUAUCAAAGGUGGCCAGUUGUUGCAGUUUGAGAAGGAAAGUUAUGCGAGAAUUGGGCUUAUGCCCCGUUAUGGCAAUGCAGAUUCAGUUAUCUGGUUUAAUGUUGAACCAUUCUGCAUGUUCCAUGUAAUCAACUGUUUUGAAGAGGGUGAUGAGGUUGUGGUACAAGGUCUCCGUGCACCAGACUCUGUAAUACCAGGUCCAAGACUUGCUCUGAACAAGUAUGGAUUGUCUGAGCCUACAGAAGAUGACAUGCCCAUGAAACAAGAAAUUAAUGAGGAAUUUUUCUUUCGGUUAUACCAAUGGAGAUUAAACUUGAAAACAAACUGUGUCUCAGGGGAAUAUUUAACUGGAACAGAGUUUUCAAUCGAAUUCCCAACGAUCAAUAACCAGUACACAGGCUUGCAACAUAGUUAUGCCUAUGCACAAGUUGUGGACUCUGUAACAAUCUCUUGUGGUAAAUGUGUGAAAGUCAAUCCGAAGUAUAGAGGUUUUGCAAAAUUCUUACUUGAUAAGAGAAACAACACAGAGAUAUCUGGGGCAAAUCUCAUAAAAACGCAGUAUCACUGGCUUAGUAAAGAUGAGUUCUGCUCUGGUGCAACAUUUGUACCGAGAGUUAGUGGGUCACAUGAAGAUGAUGGGUGGAUUAUUUCAUUUGUACAUGAUGAGACAACUAACACAUCACAGGUGCAUAUAAUUGAUGCUCAAAGGUUUGAAGAUGCUCCUGUUGCAAAAAUAGCAUUACCACAAAGAGUACCUUAUGGCUUCCAUGGAACUUUCAUCACAAAAUGAUGUGAUGCAAUUCCAUCAAAUGUUAAAUGCAAAAGAAAAUAAAAAAAAAAUUUGCAUGCUGAGUCAGGCAAGCCGUUUCGGUUCU